GCUGGAGAGGUUGUGUUGAUGCGCGCCUCUAUGGGGAAGGCGGAAAAGAAGCGCAAUUGGCGGGCGCGGCUGCCAGGAUCGCCCAGGAGAGGGGCUGCCGCUCCCCAGGAGCCUGUGCAGCUGGAACUGGGAGAUGAAACCAUCUUGAAAGGAGUGGAUGGGAGCAACGCCCUUGUCCUUCCGUCUCGAAAAACCCAGGAAAAACCAGCAACCUGCCUUAAAAGUCCAGGAAAGAAACCCCUGACAAAGAAGCAGAAGAAGAAUUUGCAAAAGGUUUUGGAACAAAAAGCCAAGAAGGAAAAGCGAGCGGAAUUGCUGAAAAAGCUGAGCGAAGUCCAGGUGCCUGAAGCCGAAAUGAAGCUUCUCUAUACCACGUCCAAGCUUGGAACAGGAAAACGGAUGUUCCAG